GGUCAUUCAAGUAUUUAGGCUAUGAUACAUGCCCCUGCGGACCUGUAGCAAGUUUACCGAGGUCUCCGGCAUCUUCUCCACAAAAUAUGGAGACACCAUCAUUGACAACGCAUUUUCAGCUACAGCAGAUCUAAGCAACUAGGUACGUAAAUUAAAAUCUGUACGAUAAUCAUUGCACAAUUUUCCCUUUUGCUCUCUUGAUCUUAUCUCGAUUUUCUACUCUGCACAUCCCUUCAACUAUACCCCGCCAUCGCAAAUCCCACAAUAUGUCCACCGGUACACCCCUCAAAAACACACUGCUAUCCUUUCCAACAGCUUCCACUCUCCUCAUAACCAUCAACCGACCUUCGUCGCUCAACUGCCUCGAUACCUUUACCCACAACGAACUCGAUCGAGUUUUCAGAUGGUUUGACGCCGAGCCCGGUCUUCGAUGUGCCAUCUUAACGGGUGUCGGGAGGAGUUUCUGCGCAGGCGCAGAUCUCAAAGAGUGGGAUUCCAAUAAUUCGUUAUCUACUUCCGCCUCGAGUCAAGCUCGUUCAUUACCAACAUCUGGUUUUGGAGGUUUAAGUCGGAGAGGUGGAAAGAAACCUAUCAUAUGUGCUGUGAACGGGAUCUGUUUUGGGGGUGGCUGUGAGAUGAUCAUAAAUGCAGAUAUGGUGAUUGCAGAAUCUCAUGCUGUGUUUGCGUUACCAGAGGUGAAAAUCGGAGUUGUGGCACUUGCUGGAGCAUUGACUCGGUUAGUUAGGACGGUAGGAAAACAAAGAGCUAUGGAAAUGGCGUUGACAGGAAGAACACUUGGGGCUGAAGAGGCGAUGGAAUGGGGGUUGGUCAAUAGGGUUGUAGGAACUGGAAAGAGUGUUGAGGAAGCUAUCAAACUGGCGGAGCUGAUAGCAGCAAACAGUCCAGAUAGUGUUAUUGUGAGUAGAGAAGGUAUCAAGAUGGGAUGGGAAGGUGUUGGUGCGGAGGAAGGGACUAGAUUGAUUGAACAAAAUUGGUACAGUAGAAUGGACAAGGGACCAAAUAUGAAGGAAGGAGUGAGGAGUUUCGUGGAGAAGAGGAAACCGAAUUGGGUACCCAGUAAAUUGUGAUUUUUUGUUUUUCUUUUUUUGUAUUUAGCUAGAUUAUAUCCCCUCUGUUGAGCAGUCAUAAAUUGUACGUCAUGAAACAUGCA